UCACGGUGAACGGACGUGUCCGUGAUUAAUAUCUUCUCUAAAAUUGGUUUUCGGGUGUGUUGUCGAUCCGUAAUGAAAAAUUGAUGAAUGCUCGUAAAUUAUAAGCAUUAUUCGUAGCGGUCUAAUCGUUGUGCUUUAAGAAGGAUAGAGUUACAAUGUUUUAUUUAUGGUACCAACCCUGAAAUAAUGAACAGCUAGUGCAGUGCCCGUUAUCGAUAUGGCAAGAUUAGUGCUAGUGUUGCUCCCCGCGCUCGCGGUGGCAGCACUGUCGCCGAUCGAUUCAGACACAUGUAACCCGGACAAGAUGACUGUUUAUAAGAUGGUCCUGCAUACAUACUGGACGAGAGAGAAAUUCCCGAAGCAUUAUCCGGAUUGGCGGCCGCCAGCGCAGUGGUCACGUAUCUAUGGUGUCUCACACAGCCGAUCCUACGUACUGUUCCGGCUAGGACGUCGCGUUUCCUCUUCAAUGAAGCAGUUUGCCGAAACAGGCAGAUCAGAUUCUCUUGCCUCCACUCAGGGCACACUGGAUGAAUUUGGAGCACCAGCUAUUGGACAAGGAGCUGGUCGCAGUGAAGCCGAGUUCUUUGUGGAUGGCAAUCAUUCUAGAGUGUCAGUGAUGGCAAGGAUGAUUCCAUCACCGGACUGGUUCAUCGGUGUGGAUAGUUUCGACCUCUGCGUUGAUGGCAACUGGAUUGACAGCAUCACCAUUGAGGUGGAUCCCUUGGACGCUGGUACAGACAACGGUUUCACUUUCACAGCUCCAAACUGGCCAACGGCUCCCCAGGGCGUCGCGUACAGGAUCACAUCCCGAUAUCCAUCGCAUCCAGCCGGAUCCUUCUUCUAUCCUCAUCUCAGAAGACUGCCGCCGAUAGCUACCUUCCAAUUUAUUAAGCUCCGCGAAUACGAGGUCUCCGAAGUAUUCCACCGCGACAGCGACGAUCGAAAGUACGACGUGAUCAAACUAGACAAACUUAGCCACAACAGCAUCGACGUUCUCGACGGGAACCGAGCGCUGUCCAUCGCCGACGAGGUGGAAAGAGAAGAAGCGCCCAGGAUCUAUGCAGACGGUGCCCUGACCACACCAGAUGGUGCCUAUUCGUUCUAUUCAAUAACAAAUAAUGCAUCAAGUACAACAGAAGAGCCGAGGUCAGCGAACGAGCUCCCGACGUCGGGCCCCACAGCGAGCGAGCAAUCAGCAUUGCGGAGCUUAGCGCGACGAUACCGGGCGAGGAGACGACGUAAGAUGCGUGCCGAUAACACGAACCCUGCUGAGAGGAGAAAGAGAAAAAGAGCGAGAUUGCUGGAUUGUCGAGUAUCAGACUGGGGCGAGUGGAGUCCAUGCCGCAGUGAUGCAGGCUGUGUGGGCUCAGCGCUUCGCACAAGAAGGAUCAUCCGACGUCAACGACAAGGGGGUAAUCCUUGCCCCCCCACAGUGCAAUCCAGAUGGUGUGCCACAAACUGUACUGCACACCAAGACUGGCGGAUUAACCUCACGUAAUUUCUGAUUUUUAUGUAAUGGACUGACCUCCAUCUAUAAAGCAUCACAACUCGACUGUCAACAUCAAUACAAUAAAAUAAAAUACAAUAGUAUUCUUAUUAAUAUGAACUUUAAAUAAUUACUAGUUUAAAAAAUUAAAAAACACGCUUUUUAUAGAAAACAUAACCAAAAACAGAAAAUUAUAUAAAUGAAUGGAAUAAUUUUAUCAAAAUAAUGUAUUGUCAUCGGUCCUCGAUAUAUCUACGAAGUUUGAACGAAAUCUGGCCGUUUUAAGUGGGUCAAAACCGCGCCCAAAUGAGUCGGUUACAAAUAAACAUACAUACAGGUGAAGCUAAUAAAAAGUGUGUAAAAACGAUAAUUGAAACCCACUGUAAAUGCAGUCAUUGCUCAUACGGAUAGUUAAGGUUACUGGUUUUCUAAUAAUAUCGUCUUAAGAUGUCAUGAUCUAGAGGUCAGUCGUAAUAAAAGCACAUUAAAAAAAAUUGUAAGAAUUUGCGUAAAAACAUUGUUGUGUUGUCGAAUUUAUUACAUCAGGAAAUGUAUUUCACCAAAGAAGUCUUGCAAGUUAUGAAAACACAAAAAUUUGUCGCUAUUGUUUGUCAAGAGUUUUCACUGUUUGUAAAUUUCAUAUUUCUUAACACGGCCUAUUAAAAAAAUAAGGACUCCGUGUCACCUUACAUAACAGUGUAGCACCAAAACAAGCCGAUUAAUGAAUACAUAGCCCCACGCACACACUCACACUACUACAGGCCGAUAGGCGGACAUUAUGAGAAUUGUCAUCGUCUGUGACAGAUCAGUUUGCGUCUCAAUAAAAUAUUUUAAAAAUGCCGUCGUGCGUUGUGUAAAAGUGUUAAAACGAUAUUUUAUAAGUAUUUGUGGCCAUAUAUUAAGGGAGAAAAAUUGUGUAACUAGUAUCCCUCGUAACCGCACACACUAGCAUAACGGUGCUUUACUUGCUAAUAUCACGGCGUGGAGUCCUUCUUUUUUUACUCAUCCGUGAUUUCUUAACAGUUAUCAGUAACAAAUUUAACAGCCUUAAUUACGUAAAAGGUCUAAGUUCUAAUAAAUGUAGUAUUUUAUUUGUCCGAUUUCUAUUAUUUUUGCGUUGACAUUUGUAUUGUCCGUCCAAAUAUUUUUUUUAUGUAAACCACUCUUUUCUAUUAAAAAAAAUAUCAUAAAUGUAAAGAUAUAUUAAGUAACAGACUGCUCGUGUGGUGUAGGUUAGCUUAUGUUGUUUGACGCUGUAUCUAAAAGCUUUCUUUUUCGUUUGUCUAUGGUAAGCAUUAAGAUUAAGAUUAAACACCUUAGGUUAAGGAUUGGUCUCCGCUGCGCUCCAACUAGAUACCGCAGGCGAAGUCGCAAAGUUUGGCAACUAAUACUACGCCAUUGUGUGACGUUGAUGUGCCACAUGUUUCAUUAAACUUUGCUAAUAAUUGAAACUAAAAUGCCGGGUUGCGUAGUAAAACGUUGUAAAAAGAAUACUCGAGAAAAUAUAAGAAAGACACUGGAAUCACAUAUCAUCAGUAAGUAUUUUGGAUUUUAUUUGGUAAUUUCAAUGUAAAAUAGCAUGAAGCGUAUGUUGCAAGAUUUGAAAAACGCCAUUGAGUGUCGAGAUGCCACGCACACAAGCAUCUCAUAGUUGCCUUAAUAGAAUACUAUUGUUCUUAGGUAGUGCGGUAUCUAUUUGGAGCGAAGCGGAGACCAAUCCUUCUAAUCUCGAUCUAAGUUCGACACAUUAUCGAACGUGGCUGAUGUUACCCGCAACUGUCUUUCGUAAAUAUUUUUUCAAGGGAUUAAUCUAAUACUUAGAGGUACAUAAAAAUGCUUCAGUACAAAAUGCUAAACAAAUAAAAAUUUACAGAUAUUUAAAUAAUUCAAGCAUAUUAUUGUCUUAAGGUUUCUUGUGGGCCUCUACAUUAUAAAUAUUAAUGAAUUAUUUAAAUCAUAUGUUCCUUGAAAUUCGUUUUAAAAAUUAGUCGAAUUAAUUAGAAAUAAAUAUUUUUCUGUUUUUCAAGAAAGUGAAUGAUAUGUUAUGGAUCUUACGUAGAUUUAACUGUACCAUUGUCUUAAGAACAAUAACUUCAAACAAAUAAAAAAUACUUGAAGGAAAUUACUUUUAUCAUAUUAUGGAUUCAUUAUAUAAUUACCAAUUUUCCCAAAUAAAUCGAUUAUAAACUUACUAAGCAUAUUAAUUUCCGUAAUAUGUUGUUUUAGCUUAACUAAACUUACUUAAAGUGUGCAUAUUCAUAAUGGUAAGAGAAAUAAUAUACCUAAUACAGUUUUGUCAAUUAGUAAUAUAGUCUGUUCUUACAAACAUAUCUCUUUAACUUACCUAGACUACCAUAAACAAAUAAAGAACGUUUCUUUCGAAUAUAUGAAUCUGUAGAUAUUUUUAUCUACACCCAUGCUUUAAAUCCUCUAUUAAAGAUUCUUAAACUGUUAGCUUAUUGCCUUCAUAAAACACCCAAUGUCCUAAUAACCAUUACAUCAUCCAAACGAGUGUUGUAAUGAAAUUCAGUACAACAUUACAACACUCGUUUGUAUGAUGCAAUUAAUGGCUGGUAGGACUGGUUUUUUUAAUGUUAGCAGUACGCUUACUGUUUCAGAAUCUUUUAUAGAGACGCAGUCAUCGAAUAUUCUAUAUUCACCAUGCUUUCAGAAUCGUAUACACUUCUAUAGUAAGGCCAACGAGUUGAGAUAAAGAAUGUAAACAAAGUUUCAGGGCUUCAAAACAUUUUUAUUUGAAUAAAUAAUAUACAAAUUUUCGAUUACCUAUUCUAAUCGCUUUCGUCUGUGUUAGUCAAAGAUGACUCGUCGGAAGAGUCCGAAUAAGCCGUAUUUACGACAAUAUAGCUCGUUGGUCUUAGUAUAGACACAGAUCUAAUAACCGAUCUUGAGCCACUAUACGGGUGAAUUAAUUUGCACGGCCUGCAUCUAAAACGCUUAAUUUUAAGACCCAGUGAUACAUCUUCCCUACCAAGCAGCGCGUCAAAGUAAUACUGUAUUAUUACUCUCAUUGUUCACGUCUGCUAACAUGUCUGGUUGUUCGAUAUAUUAUGAUUUAUUGAUUGAUGAUUAAAAGUUAUUUACUCGAUAGCAUAAAACACCAAAGUAAAACUUUGAGCGACGUUUUUUACCGUUUUACUACUAAACGACCCAUUUUUGGAGUAGUAUAUCAAAUUUGCUAGACUUUUAAUGAAUUUUACUCAAACCUCACAAGAAAAUAUUUGCACUUAUGUCAUUAAUAUUAUCACAAAAUGAAAUAAGGUUAAACGCUUACGUAAAUUGCUAGUACUGAGAUUUAUCCGUGUCUAUGGUUAUUUUGAAUGAGUUCUUCGGUCGAGAUGACGAUAUAGAAAUAAAAUGGAGCCGGCUCUAGAUUGUCUCUUAAUUAAAAAAAAAAACAAUGAAAGUCUCAUAAAUACUAAUUCCUGAUUUGACCGAUAUAUAAAGUUGACAAAAAGGUAUAAGUGAAGUAAUAAUAAUGAAAGUAGGGUGGAAUAAAAUGAAAUGAUUGAGAUAAAAAGCGUCGCAUUUAGAACAUUUUGAAUCAUCAAAUGGGCUAUUCAGCCAAUAUGCAGAGAUUUUACAAAAUAUCUCAAACAACAGUGGCCUAGAAUACUGGCAUACAAAAUACUCAACUCGAACGCAAUGGAACUGACAACAAACAUCGAACGUAAUGAAAAUCUCGAAGCUUCUAGCAAUAUUCGCCUUGUGAAUUCUGUGUGAAUAAACGAAACAGAAUUCACGUUGCUGAGUGCUAAGUUUUUUUUAAUUUGUUUUGUAUAAUAUACAUUCGAAAAGCUAGCAAUUUUAAUCGUAAUAAGGAUAAUGGUUUGAUUCUUGAACUUCGUUAUUGCCUUGGUUUUGGUAUUAUGUGGCCGCCGGUCGGAAAGUGGGUUAAUAAUACGUUCACAUAUUUUAUUUUUUAUUUUUAUGUAAUGUUUAAUAUGUUACGUAUGUUCUUCAUUUAUUUUUGUUUGUUGAUUAAAUAGUUUGACAGACUAAGGUACAUGUAGUUACAAUAACCAUACAAUCAGCCUAGCACAACUCUCUAAGAAAAAAGCGAUUCACUAUAUUGUAUGUAACGUGCAGUCAUUGAUAGAUUGACAGAUGACGGCUAUAAUCUGGUAAACAACGUAGAUAGCCGAAAUCAACUACGUUUUAAACAACUUACUUCGUUCACUUUCAAACUUAGCCGGAUUAAACAUCGUCGACAAUCGCCAUGCUGCGAUUACUACUAUUUCAAACUUAUGUCAAAUGACUGCACGUUUCAUACUAAACUAAAUUUCUAUUUUUACGUAGGCAGUCCCGCCUCUUAUUACGUAGUAUUUACAUCCUCUUUGAUACAACUAGAUGCCAGCCACUGACAGUCUGAAUAUUUUCUUAAAAGGGCUGUAUAAAACAGUUGUAGAGACUCACAAAUGAUUUUCUAAAGGGCUAAAAUUAAAAUAGCUUGUUCGUAUCUUAACUCUAAGUGAUUGAGGCCGACUUUGUUUUUCGCUGUUUUGCUUGCAGUUAUUAUUGUACUAUAUUCUUGUUUAUUUAUAUUCAAAUUUUGUUAUUAUUUGAUUUCUACAGCUUAAUUAUGUUUGAUAGUAUUCUUCAAUAUUUUCAAUACCUUCUUUUUCAGUUAAUAGUACAUUAGCAAGGGAUUAUGUUAAUCUGUUAGUCUAUUAAAUCAUCUUUGUGCUGUAACAUUGCAAUUGUUAUGACGGGAUCUGACGAUAUAUAUUUUAUUAAUUUGUGUGAUGUCGAUAUUAUUUAGAUCCAAUUGCAUGAAUAGUGAUCGCUGCGGAACUGCGGUGGCGGCGAGAAACUGUUGACACAUUGACACUUGACACUAAUAGAUCAUCAAUCAAUCUACGUGGCGUCUAAUUCGUUUUGGUCUUUGAUUCCCUAAUUCACGACACACACUACUGUCGACGUACAUACCUUCGGGUCUUUUUGGUCAAUUUGUACAGCAGAGUGAGACCACUGGAUUCCAUAUUUGCGCCAGUCUAAAACCGUCCUCCCUAUUAAAAUUGUUAUAAUGCUUUUUAACUUCAUUUUGCUUCUCUAACAAGCCGUGGAGUGUAUUAGCGUUCAGCAGAAAUCAAUUGUGGGUUGUGCAGCUCGAUCCAAUGGUUAGUACCGGCUUUAAGCAAGUGUUCGGCUAUUGCGGAUUUUUUAGGAUCGUUAUUUUUUACUGCGCUGAUGUGUUCCUUAACGCGUUGAGAAAUAUUUCUUUUUGUCUGUCCGAUAAAGGAGCUUCCGUAGCUGUAUUCAGUUUUAUAGACCGUGCAGAAGUUUAAAGUUCCGCGAUGAUAAAAGUUUAAAAACAUACAUCUUUGCGUCUGCCAUUUGAUGCCUUUACGUAAUUUAAUAACCUUACACAAUCAGAAGAAGUAUUAAAUAUCUUCAAAGCACCUACUUUCACAUAAUAACAUUACAGUUAUAAUUAGAAACAAAAUAUUUGUAUUGAUAUCAAUGUAAUUUCAAUCAGUAAAAUUCGUUAUUGUAGUCAAUACGUUAUCAAUUAAUUAUAUCAAUAGAAUUAUUGAUUCGUUCACGUGUUUCAUGUUAAAGUAUUUAUUAUAUGUCAGAACCAAUAUAAUACACUACAUUUUUUAUGGUAAUGGCAAUACGGAAAUAGAUGCGGGCCUUUUUUAUGUGCAUACCCUUCUUGUGGUAAAAGAAUUACAGUAUGAACAUAUUUGUAGAUUGGUUUCAUAAAACAUGAUGUUUACUAAUGUUUGAUAUAUAUAUAAUGUAAGAUACGGGAAUAUUGAAUUCAUGUCUACUAGCAAUUAUGACAGCAUUUUUUGUAUCAUCAUCAUCAUCAGGCGGAAGACGUCCACUGCUGGACAAAGGCCUCCCCCAAAGAUCUCCACUAUGAUCGGUCCUGCGCUCAUCCAACGUAUUCCGGCGAUCGUCGCUCGGUCCAUCUUGUGGGGGGCCUACCAACACUGCGUCUUCCGGUACGUGGUCGCCAUUCGAGGACUUUUCUGUCCCACCGGCCAUCUGUCCGUCGAACUAUAUCCUCUGCUACUUCAGUUUUGCAAUCAUUUGGGCUAUAUCGAUCGUAUAUAAGGCUGUUAUAUCACUAUUAAUUGUAUAUUUUGACGUUAAUAAAUUGUGGCGACGGAAUAUUUAUAGAGCUUAUUUAGAAUUCCUGGUAUGAUCGUUAUUCUUGGCGGGCUGUACCAGCACAAUACAGUAAUGGGACUGUACUUUAAAUUCAUACAAGAGCGCCAGAAUCGACGCACACACGCAAACACAUGAUUUACACUGCCGAAAUCCUGAUUAUGACGAACCACCACUCACAUAAUAUUUUAGCCAAAAUUGAUAACAACACUUUUAUUGAUAUUCAAAAAGUGUUGUUUUAAUUGCAUUUGCUGUUAUAGAUAAGGUUUAAGUCAAAUUUAACGUUAGUUUAACUUUAGUAACGCUGACAUUAACAUAGACUGCGGAAUGUGUUGCACCAUCGUAUUCCUUGGCAUAGUUCCAGUUAAUGUUAAAAAGUGAAAUAUCAAGUCAAGUUUAUUUGAUUUUUUUGACAUGUCGCUAUUUAGCUAUUUUACAUUAACAAUAGCUUUAAGCUGCGAAGAUUGAAUGGUUCAGUUAACAGUUAAACUUAUGACCUCAUUUCAAAAUUGCCAAAUAGCGUAACACAUUUUUUGCUUAACCGGUUCUUGAACAUGUUUAAUUAUUGAUAUUCAAUCAUUUAUUGUGGAUUUCCAAAGGAUUAAAAAGUCGUCAUAUACAUAUAAUAUAAUAUUCCAAAGAAGCAGCUUUUAUUUUUAAUACAUUAAAUGUUAUAUAGAUAAGUUUGUAUGUAGCGUAAGUUAUGGUCAAAGCCUUCUGUGAAAUACUUAGAUUCGAGUGUUUUCCUCGUAUUAUUUAACAAGUGUAGCAAGAUAAUUUAAGUGAUAACCCUUACAAUUAGAAAUAGGCAUUACGGUGCAAUUCUUCAUAAAAUAUAAAAGUGUAAUUUUGAAUUUAUGUUUUAUAUAUUCACAUAAACACAUAGACAUAAUAGUAAAUCGUUUUUUAUCUGUGGUUGUACCAAAGAAAGUAUUAAUUGUAUCAGACUUAAAUGUUUAACAGUUAUUCAAUGCUUAACAAUUAGUAAUAUAUUGAAAUAUGUAACAAAAAUAUAAGUUUACUUUCAUAACUAUAUAACAUGACUUUAAUUAAACUUUAAUUUCUAAGAUAAGUUAAACAUUACUCUUUUAAUUUGAGUUUAUCUCUCUUUAUCUGUCCAACAAUAUUAUAUUUUAAUGCUUUUGUUAAGCUUUAUGAGAAGUAUUAGAACCAACUGCAUGUGCUCUUCGUAUGGGGCAGUACUGCCACUGUUUUCCAAUUUACAUACAGGCACAGUCCUCUGUUUUGAAGUAACAAUAAAUUCCGUUUCCACAUUAGUUAUAUAUCUCAUGCUGCACGCAGUGGUCGCGUGCCUUUAUAGCAUAGCGCGCCACUCUGAGUGAAGCAGCUUAGUCUCGACACAGCAUUAUCAAUCAACUAUUUUUUUGCUUUUUUAAUACAGUAAUGGUAAUGUAUGGUAUUUUUUAUCUACACCUAUGUUUUAAAUCCUCUAUUAAAGUUUCUAAAACAGUUAGCUUAUCGCCAACAUUAAAACACGCAAUGUCCUAAUAACCAUUACAUCAUCCAAACGAGUGUUGUAAUGAAAUUCAGUACAACAUUACAUCAUCCGUUUUCAUAAUAACACUCCUUUGGAUGAUAUUAUGGUUACUAGGACUGGCUGUUUUAAUGUUAGCAGUAAGCUAACUAUUUCGGAAUCUUUUAAGAGGAUUCAUGUUAUGGGUCUCCAUUCUACUAAACCCUCAUUCGUGUUUUAAUACCCCUUAUUACACAACAGUUGCAUAAAUAACUAUUAUGCAUUGGUUAGUACCUAAUUAUUAUUUAAUCAAUUUAUAUUUAUAAUUUCAUUCAACAUUUGAUUAAGACUUACACAUAUUAUAACCAAAAUCAAAACUACAUCAAAAUUCUGCUAACAUUUAAUUAUAUAGAUAUUUUUUUUUUAAAUAAGUAAACACUAAUAUUAUUAUUCAAGGUAAUUAAUUAAUGUUCUUUGAUAAUCUGUCUCCUUAUACGAUGUAAUAAUUAAUUAAUGAUAAAUUUUUUUUUUAGUUAUACCUACCAAAACUUGUUAUUGUAAAAAUUACUGACUAUGAUUAUUUUUACAGUGUAAUUUAUUCUGAUUUCUUAAUAAAAUAUGAAAUAUGA